CCAUUUGCAUUUUCCCACGAACGCCGGCCAAUGAAAAGAAGGUGCGUAUUGUAUGACACUUGUGUUCCUUGAGAUGAUUUCGUGAAUUUUAUAUAAACUUUUAGUGUUAAAUCUCAUGUUUAUUUAAUAUAAAAUCAUUAAAUUCAGCCGAAGAUACGGAGCAAUUGAAUCGUUUUGACUCUGGUGGAUAUUGUGACGAUUCGACGAUAGUUUAUUUGCAACAUCCCUGCGUAAUUUUGACAGCUUUAGAACUUCUCGGAUAUAAAGUUGUUGCAUCUUCAAGUACAAGUGUUAAGCAAGAUUACAAUGAAUAUAUGUGGACUAUGAGAAAAAAUUUUGAGGAACCUGAAACUGAUACUGUACCUGUACCUGUCAUAAAAGCCGUGAGUUUCAGAUAAAAAGUAUGGACUCUAGUCAUUCUCACGAUGGAAGUUGCUGUAAUUCUGAAAAUAAUUCUGGUGUUCGACAAACCUUAUCGGAAAUGGAAUUCGAAAGAGGAAUUUGGCACGCUGCCCAAUCGAAUGAUGUGAAUCGAGUUGAUUAUUUAUUGAAAAAAGGAACACCAGUUAAUAUUGAAGAUAAUUCAGGAUAUACGGCACUGCAUUACGGAGCAAGGAACGGUCACAAUAAAAUUUGUAAGUUAUUGUUAGAAAAUGGUGCUAAUGUCAAUGCAUUGACACGAUCAGGGCAAGCAACUACACUUCAUAGAGCAGCGAGUCAAGGUCAUAACGAAAUCGCAGAAUUCUUAUUGAAAUCGGGAGCUAAUCCGAAUAUUCGUGACGCAGAUGGAUAUACAGCUCUUCAUCGUGCAGUCAUCUCUAAUUCUGUCCCAGUCUGCAAAUUACUGCUGUCAAAAACUGAUUUAAAGAUUGUGGAUAACAAAGGACGUUCACCAUUUGCAUUAGCUGAGGAGAAAGGAAAUCAACAAGUUCUUGAUUCAUUUCAAAAUAUCGUUCAUCAAUAAUAUUUAAAAUAGGUACCUAUAUACAUUUGACAAAAUAUUUUCAACAAAAAUACGGCAAAGAGAGAUGAAACAAAAAAAAUUAUUCGAAUAUUUAAACAUAUUUUUUGCAAAAAAAAGGACUUUUGAUGCAAAAGUAUUUUUAAAUGUUUUACAUAAAUUUAGAGGAAAUUUUUCUAUAUGUACAUUGUAUAGAAGAUAUAUAUAUUUAAUUAAUUUAUACCAACAAUUAGAAGAAAUUUCGUGUCCUUCGAUCUUUCGAAUUUUCUAUUAGGUUCUCGUAAUUUAUUUAUAACUAUAUUUUUCGUCUUUUGAAUUUU